GUUCCCCACUGGCCCUCUGGCAUAUGGACGGGAAUCACAAACUGAUACGAUGGCGAUUCGUGGUUCACGGCUGCAUUGACGGUUACAGUCGCUCCGUCGUUUAUCUUAAGUGCGAUACGAAUAACACGUCUGUCACAGUCUUGCGUCUCUUUGAGGGUGCGGUGUCUGAAUGGGGAUUGCCAUCACGAGUCAGGGGCGACAUGGGAGUUGAAAACAGAGACGUGGCACACUACAUGUUGAACCAUACAGCAAGAGGGCCCGGAAGAGGGAGUUACAUCACCGGACGAAGCGCGCACAACUCGCGUAUAGAAAGACUCUGGCGCGAUGUGUACCAGUUAGUCCUAUCCUCAUUUUACGACCUUUUCCUUUCUCUCGAAGCAUGCGGUCAGCUCGAUCCGGACAACGAAGGGCAUCUAUUUUGCCUUCACUUCACUUAUCUCCCAAUAAUCAACGAGGCCCUUUCAAAAUUUGUGCUAUCCUGGAAUAAUCACAAAAUACGUACUGCAGGAAACAAAAGUCCUUUACAACUGUUCAUACUAGGGAUGCAAGAAAUUGCGGAAGAAAGUGGUAUUGUGGCAUCAGAAUACUUUCAAAACCUAAGGGACUUGGAAGGAUACGGUGUGGAUCCUACGGCUUACUUUCAUGACGGCACAGAUGAUGCACUACAGAAUGAGGUUGUCGUCCCACCGACACGGUGUCCGUUAGAUGUUGAGUCGUUUACGAUUUUUGAGGCAAGCAUGUCAGAAGUCCAAGGCGAAGAUCCAUGGGACAUUACACCAUAUCUGCAUGCACUGGAAACGAUGAAUCGUCUGAAAACCUAA